AGACAAGCGUGUAGAAUUUAUGACUUUAUAGAAAUAAUAUCUAUGAGAUUUACGUAACUGUAUUGUCUUGAAGAAUAUAUGCUAUUGUACUAUUGUAUGUAAAUCACUUUGUAAAGGAUAUAAAAACCUGUCGAAAAAGGGGUAUGGUGGGCUCUGACUUUGGACACUAGUCCUCAGACCCCAGGGCCCUCAAUAAAGCACCGCACUAAACAACCUAGUUGUUUCGUGUCUCUCUGUCGGGCAACAGUUUUCUGGCGACCGCGGCAGGACUCCGAGGGCUGCUGGGGCGGUUCGCGUCCUGAUCCACUCCACGCCGGCACCGAGUGAUUCUCGGGGAGUCAUCGGUUCGUGCCCGACCCCGCGCCUGUCGGACAACUGCAGGAGUCCUUACAGCACUGCGAGGAGCAUUGCAGUGGAACCGGCCUCUGCCCUUGGAAAAUCCUGUCCAUGACAUCCAGCCAGGAGAUCAAGUAUAUGUGAAGAACUGGAAUACGGAACCCUUGAAAGAAGUAUGGGACGGUCCUCACCAGGUGAUCAUGACUACCUACACGGCAGUGAAAGUCCAAGGGAUCGAGAAUUGGAUUCACUACACUCGAAUCAAGAAGGUCCAGCCAAGAUGGGAAGUACAGCCUCUGUCAGCAACAAAAAUGGUGUUCAGGGCAAGGCCUUAGUUCUUUUAACAUUAGUCUGUAUAAUGCAGGUGGGAGAAGCGUUUGUUAAAAUCAUAGUUCCGGAGCCAGAUGUAAUAGUGCCGGAAGGUGCGGGAGUAAAUUUAACCUGUCUGUUUUCUAGCAACCAGAGAGCUGGAUUAAAAGAAGUAAAUACAGCUUGGAGACAAAUCACCACAGACGAAGUAUUUACAGAAGGGAUCGUGACACUUUGGGAUAUGAAACAGCAAAGAGGUAGCACCACAUUGAUGAUAUCUCAUAUGCAAGCUGACCAGGUAGGACAAUUCUCAUGUGUUGUGUGGAUUAGAGAAAGCUUUGACUACGGAGAAAUAAAUGUAGAUAUUCUAAAAAGAAUAGGAGAGUACGACAGGUGACAGAAGUUGGAAAAACACAACAAGAAUUGGGACAAGAAAACUUAAUAGUGGGAUUAGUUAGAGAUUUUGGGCAAGUACAAAAUAUUACGUCCAUCACUGCCUGUUUACCUUUACCUAAAGCAGCGGGAGAUCCAAUACCAUGGGGCAUUAUUCCCGUUGGGGAAAUGCCUCCAGAAACCAUAAAUGGGACAAAAAGAUGUAAUAAAGUAAUGCAGAACCAUACUAAGAUGGUAGAGGAAACCUAUACAGUUCGAGGGCAAUGGUCAUCACCAGGACAAAGGAGUGAAUGCCAAAAUUACCAAAUGCAGUUUUUUCAAAAAUUGGGCGGUUCAAGGAUGUAGGAUGGUGUUCUUAUGACAUAAAGAAAAAAGACAAAAACCAGUCACUGAAUAUUCUUAUGAGAUAGUAUGUCAAGAAGGGAAGGAAGAAUGGGAACAGUGGAAAACGAUUUGGGGUCCCAGCUUGUUAGAAUCUUAUAGCUACAUAGGACCAGUACAUUGGUGUAUCGAAUGGUCAGGCCAAAGGGAACAAAAACAUUUAAGAAUGCUAGGGACCGAAGCAGUAAGACGGGAUCGAAUGACCCCUACACCUAGCUGGAAUUGUAGCAAAAUCAUCACAUGUGAUACCCCUGAAUCCCAAAUUGGUUUAGUGCCAGUCCGGAUACUACUAAAAUGGGGCUGUGAAUGUCAAAGAUAUAAUCAUACAAUAACAGGAGAAAUAAAGGGGGCUUGGAAAGAUUGUCAGGCGACUACCGUCAGGAGUCCAGGGCAUUCGGUGUGGGUAAUGGGGCACGGACAAUGGACUACCCAUAUGCCCAUUAACGGCCCAGUCACGCAGAUUACGUUAGGGGUCCCUACGCUCUGCCCUCUCUGGAAACAGUCUAAAUUAACACAAAGAGAGAUACAGCCACGAACAAAGAGAGAAACAAAUGAGGUGGCAGAAGAACUAGGAUUGGGAGAUGAAGAUGAGUGGCAUGAACCCUCAUCAGGAGUUAAAUUUGGAUGGGUACUGGAAUCCCUGUUUGCACAAAUUUCUACAUAUAGAAACCGGGAGAUGCUGUAUAAAUUAUUGGGACAAACUGAGAGGUUAGCCGCAGUUACAAAGAAAGGAUUUAGGGAUCUAAACUUACAGUUGCAAGCAACAACAAGAAUGACAGUCCAAAAUAGAAUGGCAUUAGAUUUGCUCUUAUUAAAAGAGCACGGAGUCUGUGGAUACCUCCAAGGAAAGGUUGAUCAUUGCUGUGUACAUAUCCCAAAUGUCACAGAAGAAGUAGAAAAGGAUAUAAGUCAAUUGGAACAAAUUGAAAUAAAAGUGCAUGAAGUCCAGGAAGAAGCUCAACAUAAUUGGGUAGGAGCACUAUUUAGCUCCCUAGGAAUCCAGGUCUCUGGUUGGAUAUCAUCAAUUGUACAAUAUGUAAUAAUGAUUGUAUUGAUUAUUGUAGUCUGCAUGAUUAUGUAUAGAUGUCUUUUAGGAAUGAUUGCUAGAGAAGGAACUCAUACUCGACGUGUCAUGAGAGCACUAACCCGGAAAGAAGUAAUCCUACCAAGUCAAAGAGAAGACUCACCAUCCUACUUAGAAACCAUUACUUGAAGAAUUGAGCAUCCUUGCAGAAAAUCUGAAGAAUGCUCAAAAGGGGGGAGUUGAUACCGAAAAUAACAAGAAAAGAGCUAAUGUAGAUAUAGCAAUAGCAGUAGUUAUGCUAAGGCUUAGAAAGCAGCAGUUCACA